AUGUCUCCCAGGCCAGCAUUACUGGCGGUGAACCACCCGCUAUGCUACUCCUACUCAGAGCCAGCAGCGCCGCAAACUAACGGUUCACAAAAUGGGAUCAAGAGCCACGACCAGAAGCUCCUUUCGUCACUGGCGAACCCAGAAACCGUCGAGGACAGGGUGAGAUACCUGUACGAACAUCAACAAAUAACGACUCUGCUCAACGAGUAUGCCUACGUCCUUGACGCUUGCAUGGUCAACCACACUGCUGCGCACAAAUGGGCCGGCCUGUUCACCGAUGACUGCGAUGUCACAUAUCCCUUUGGCAGUCACAGAGGCAGGGACGGGCUCGCAGAGUGGGCGAUGACUGCUGAGACGAGAUUCUACCGCAUGCUGCACUCGUCCUCCAACAUGACCAUCUCCUUCACGUCCGACACCACCGCGCACGCCCGCUCCGCGCUACACGCCAUCUGCGGCACGCACGACAACGACAUCGGCCAGGUCUUCCAGGAGGGAGGGUACUAUUACUGGAGUUUCCGGAAGGACCACCCCGACCACGACCACGGCCACCUGCAAGGGCGAGGGCAAGGACAAGGACAAGGACGGGGGACGUGGAGGAUCUCGUACCUGUUCCUGGACGUCAAUUGGACGAGUGGCGAUUCUUUGGGAUUGAAUGAGCCCGGCGCCGCGGAUUGA